GAACAUCAUCCCUUUUACCCUUUCGCAUUUUCGCAGGCCAGCCAGGGUUUUUCAUUUCAUACAAAGCAAAAAUAGGGUUUAAGCAGAGAAUAUAAAAAUUGAAAAAGAGCAGAGAGAGAGAGCCAGUGUUUCAAAGGGCGUCUUCUUCAAUGGCUUCUUCACUAUCAAGAACGUUGUAUCGCUCGCUUCUCUCAAACCCUACAAGACUCUCUCACCUCUCUAAGCCCUUUUGCACAAUCCUCUCUUCCGCCGAAACCUCCGACUUGGACGAUCCCACUAUCGGCCCUGAACCCGAGUCCGAAUCACUCUCUUCUGACACACCAUCACCAGACCAAACUCAGCAACGAACCAUCUACGAUCGUCCCCUCGAAAAUGGGAUUGACGUCGGCAUUUACAAGGCGAUAUUGGUGGGACAGGUCGGGCAGAGUCCAUUGCAGAAGAGGCUGAGGAGUGGGAGGACGGUGACGCUGCUUUCGGUGGGGACGGGUGGGAUUAGGAACAACCGGAGGCCGUUGGACAAUGAGGAUCCGAGGGAAUAUGCGAAUCGAUGCGCUGUUCAGUGGCAUCGCGUCUCCAUUUAUCCGGAGAGGUUGGGGGACAUUGCCAUGAAGCACGUUGUUCCUGGUUCGAUUCUGUAUUUGGAAGGAAAUCUGGAGACUAAAAUCUUCUCUGAUCCAGUAACUGGUCUUGUUCGGCGCAUAAGAGAGAUUGCCAUACGUCGACAUGGUCGCCUUGUAUUUCUAGGGAAAGGUACUGAUGCUCAGCAACCAACAGGAGCAGAGUUAAAAGGCGUCGGCUAUUUCUGAAACCCGACAUGGAAGUGGGGGCAACUGAAAAGUUUUGCUGACAAGAAACCUUUAUUUCAUUUUUUGUAAUUAUGUUCUUAAAUUUGCUUUAUGGAGCUAGAUGGGCAGUACUGAUGGCUGCCAAAAACUCGAAGGUGAUUCUGCAGCUCUUUUAUUUGGUCUUGUGAUUUUAUGUACCUCAUCUGUUAUUGUAAAGCUGAAACUAUUUAUGAAUUCUUUUUUGAUGAUUGCUAUUGUCUUUUAUUUCAUUUAAUGGGUUUUAAGUUAUUGAGCC